AUGAUGGGACCAGUGUGGCUGUGGCUGUUGAUAGCCAAGAUCCUGCUCCCCGUUCAUUGUCAACCAUUUUCUGCCCAUGAAGAGAAGAGUCUAGGGGUGCCUCAACCAGCCAGCCACCAGCUCCCGGAGCCAGCACCCUCCUAUCGCAAGGUCACACCCGCCAUCACUAAUUUUGCUUUGCGUCUCUACAAGCAGCUAGCAAAGGAAGUCCCCGGGAACAUUCUCUUCUCCCCCGUGAGCCUCUCUAGCAUUGUGGCUCUUCUCUCUCUUGGGGCACCUGCUGACACUCAGGCUCAGAUUCUGGAGGGCCUGGGCUUCAACCUCACAGAGACACCAGCAGCUGACACCCACCAGGGCUUCCAGAGCCUCCUGCACACCCUUGACCUGCCCAGCCCCAAACUGGAGCUGAAAGUGGGACAUUCUCUGUUCUUAGACAGGCAGCUGAAGCCUCAACAGCGCUUUCUGGACAGCGCCAAGGAGCUGUACGGAGCGCUGGCUUUUUCUGCCAACUUCACAGAUGCAGCUGCCACAGGGCAGCAGAUCAACGACCUGGUGAGGAAGCAGACCUACGGGCAGGUGGUGGGCUGUCUCCCAGAGUUUGGCCAUGACACCCUCAUGGUUCUCUUGAACUACAUCUUCUUCAAAGCCAAGUGGAAGCAUCCCUUUGAUCGCUACCAGACCCGGAAGCAGGAGAGCUUCUUCCUGGACCAGAGGACAGCGCUCCGCAUCCCCAUGAUGCGGCAGAAGGAAAUGCACAGGUUCCUGUACGACCAAGAGGCAUCGUGCACUGUCCUUCAGAUCGAGUACAGCGGCACGGCCCUGCUGUUGCUGGUUCUCCCUGACCCGGGGAAGAUGCAGCAGGUAGAAGCUGCCCUCCAGCCUGAGACGCUGAGAAGGUGGGGCCAGCGGUUCCUGCCCAGUCUGUUGGAUUUGCACCUGCCAAGGUUUUCAAUUUCUGCAACCUACAACCUGGAAGAGAUCCUUCCCCUCAUUGGUCUUGGCAACAUAUUUGGCAUGGAAGUUGACCUAUCAGGAAUCAUGGGGCAACUCAACAAAACUGUCUCCAGGGUGUCACACAAGGCUGUAGUGGACAUGAAUGAGAAGGGAACUGAGGCCGCAGCUGCCUCUGGCCUCCUUUCCCAGCCCCUGUCUCUGAACAUGACGUCGGCCCCACAUGCUCAUUUCAACAGGCCCUUCCUGCUCCUUCUCUGGGAGGUGACCACCCAGAGUCUGCUCUUCCUGGGAAAAGUGGUCAAUCCAGCUGCUGUGUAA